GGUGCCUUUGCGAGUGAUGUUGAUGGUUUACGUUUCGGUUCCAGCGACGUGGGUUUCUGUUUUAAAACUGUGGUGUGUGCAAAGUUCGUCGCCUUCGUUGCAGUUAUUUCUGAAACCGGCCGGACACCACUGCGGAGGGCUUCGGAAAGGUAGCAGCGUUCUGCCACUCGUUCCUCAAGGGUACAGUGUGUGUAUGUGAAGUGAAGAAAUCCGUGCUUCGUGUCACCUAAGUUGGUCGUCGAGGCCAGGGCUCACCUGCGGGGGCAUCAUAAGUUGGCCGAUAGUGGCCAAUCUUGCGAUAGGAGGAGAGCUCUAAAGCAAACUCGCGCCGUGGGUACACUUUCGCGCAACGAGGGGCGGAAGCAGGCGCGCGGUUACGACAGACAACUGAGGCUGAGGAGCUCGAAGACGACGUCGAAGAAAAGUGUUUAAUUGCGGCGAGAAAAGUGGAAUUUUGAAAGUUUUUUUUGCGUGAAUUUUGAUUUUCGUGUUAUGUGAGCUGGUUGGUUUGACUGAAAAGAAAAAUUGUAGUUCAAUUGUUGGUUGCUGGUGGAUUGUAUGUCGUUGCGUGAAAAUUUUUCAAAUCAAAACAGCGAAACAGUGAGGGUUUGAAGAGAAAACCGUCCGGUUUUAAAAACGACGAUCGAUUUGUAAUAAGCUGAUAAUGACGUGCCGUUUGCGGUUUAUGUCAACCCGGAGAAACUAGAAUUUGCGUAGCGACUAUCUGCAGAAGAAGCGGUUGUUUUGUUUGUGGACACGUACACGACAACUUCAUGCGAAGCUGACAAAUCGACUGGAAACAGAGCUCCAUCAAGACGGUGCAUAACUUAAGUGUAGCAGAAAAAAGGAAACAUUAUAACUUGACAUUAUCCAAUUCGAGAGCCCUUCCAGCUUCGCUGCAAUGAAUCAUUCCCUCAUUGACCUCCCCUAAUUUGCACUUCCUCAACCAGUUCACAACCAUGUCAAGCAGCUCGAGUGGACCCCAACCUGCGUCCAGCUCUGUUCAAUCUGUUCACCACCACAAUGCGCAAGAAAUGACACGUGGCUCGGUGGUGGCAGCGACGGCGUUGUCGACACUUAACCGUCAACAACAACAACAGCAACAUCAUCAGCAGAUCGUUCCCGGAUCGCUAAAUGUCGUCGCCGUUGCUGGGUUGCUGGGAAAUCCGCUUGUCGGUUCCGUCGGCGGCGGUAGCGGCGGCGGAAGUUUCCACCCACCACCGCCGGCCGUCGUACUACCGGCGGAAAUCGUCGUCAGUGGAAACAGUGCCAGCGGCUUAAGCGGUGGCUGUGGGGCCACGAGGCAUAUUAUCUCCAGUCCGAUCCAGGCCGGCACCGGACCCUCCAAGGGGUUGCUGAACGGGCCCGGGCAGAACAAUUGUUUUCUGAAUUGUGCCGUUCAGGUUCUCUGGCAUCUGGACGCCUUCCGACGGUCAUUCCGGCAGCUCCAGAAUCACGUUUGCGGUGGGCAGGACUGUAUUUUCUGCGCCCUCAAGGAACUCUUCUCCCAGCUGCAAACCAGCUCGGAGCCUGCCCUCUGUCCGGAACCGCUCCGACGAGCCCUAGCCAGUGGCCCACUGGCCGGCCGACGUUUUCCACUUGGCUGCCUGGGUGACGCCGCCGAAUGUUUCGAGCUGCUGCUGCACCGCGUCCAUCAGCAUCUGUCCCCAGCCGAUGGGGACAGCUGCGAGACGCCCCAAUGUGUCGCCCAUCAACGAUUUGCCAUGCGAGUAGUGGAACAGAGUGUCUGCGAAUGCGGUGCCAACUCCGAGCAGCUUCCGUUUACACAGAUGGUACAUUACGUCUCGGCAUCGGCACUCAACUCACAGAGCAGCCUGUCAGCCCAGAAUCAGCAGAACAUCACCUUCGGGCAGUUGCUGCGGAAUGCCGGCAACAUGGGAGACAUUCGGGACUGUCCGAAUGCUUGCGGAGCAAAAAUUGGAAUUCGCCGAGCCCUGCUCAACCGUCCCGAUGUUGUUUCGAUCGGUGUCGUGUGGGACUCGGAGCGACCAGCCGCCGAUCAGGUGCAUUCAGUGCUGAAAGCCGUCGGAACGUCACUUCGCCUGUGCGACGUCUUCCAUCAGGUGUCCGAUCAGCGUUGGGCCCAAACCGUCAGCCACGAGCUGGUCGGUGUGGUGUCCUACUACGGUAAGCACUACACGACCUUCUUCUUCCACACUAAACUGCGCGUUUGGGUUUACUUCGACGAUGCCAACGUGAAGGAGGUCGGCCCCAGCUGGGAAGGAGUGGUAGACAAAUGUUCUCGUGGUCGGUAUCAACCGCUACUGUUGUUGUACGCCCUGCCACAGCCACAGCCACAACCCCAGCAGGUCACAGUCCAAGAGAUCACCGCCCUACAGCAAGCCCAGCAUCGUCGCGCCGUAACACCUAGCCCGGAAAAGUCCGCCAUGGGUUCGCAAACUCGAAGAGCCAUCACUCCAACACCAAAUCGAGCCGUAUCCGUGUGCGACUACCAGAAUCUUAGUGUUAUCCAAAGCAAGAUAUUCCCCAACGAAGAAAAGGAAAACUACAUCAGUAGGAAGGCUGUCCAGAACGUCCUCCAAGCGCAACAGUAUCAGAACCUGUCCGUCAUUCAGGAUAAGAUCUUCCAGCAGCAGCAACAAGACACCAAGGACGAUCAAGCUGGUUACAUCUCCAAGAACGCCCUCAACGCUCAGAUGCGCAAGCAGCCAAUGAAUCUGCACCGAAGUCUGAGUGCCGAAUCGGGACAAGUUUCUCCCCCAUCAUCGUCCACCUCUUCGCCGGAUGGUCUCUCGAUUCCGGACCACCUGAACCAACCCCGACGACGGGAUUCGGGCAACUGGAGUGGAGACCGUAAUUCCGCUUCCUCGUCCUCCUCCACCACCCUGGACAACCCAUACCUGUAUUUGGUUGGCAAGCGAAACGGAAGUGUACCGGCCAGUCCAACCCGACAGGGUCAGUUCUACGAUGCCGGUUACGACUCCUACUCACUGUCCUCAACGGAUUCCUUCCCUCCGAAGCACGCCGUCAACGGUAACAAUAUUCACCUGGCCAAAAUCCCAGAAUCCGUCGUUCUCAGCGGUGAUUGUGAGAAACUGUGCAUGGAGGCGGAUCAACUGCUGGAAAAAUCCCGAAUACUCGAGGAAGCACACGAUCUGGAGACUGCACUGGUGCUGUGCAACGCUGCCGCCAGCAAGGCACGAGCCGCAAUGGACGCACCGUACAGCAAUCCGCACACGAUGACAUUCGCUCGGAUGAAGCACAACACCUGCGUAAUGCGCGCACGAUCCCUCCACCGACGGAUCCUUAUCGAAAAGGGUGGAGAAAUCAUUAAGGAGCAACAGCAGCAACAGCAACAGCUGGCUUACAACCUGGCCGGCAUCAGUGCCGGCGGAAUCGCUCAUCGACGGCAGAACAGUAAGGAAAAGCUUCUCAGUAAUGGUCGGCAGAACAGCAAAGAGAUGCUGCAAGAUACAACCGGUGGCUCUGGAACUAUAAGGAAUUCUCCCUCCAAAAACAUCGAAAUCUACGCAACUCUUCCGAAGAAGAAGGUGACUUUAAAGCUAGUUGAAGCGGAGAAUAUUGAAGAAGUGAUUAAUGGAACGGUCGACGUUAAGCCGGAGCGUGAGAGUCGAUCUCUGUUCGGCCGAAGCAAAGACUCUAAGGAAAAGCGCAGCCGCAGCGAAGAUAGAAACAAAGUCAACCGCGACUUCCAGGUUCCCGAUCCGGGCCUGGUCAACGCUAAAGACACACUAAAGAAGCACAAAGAGGAGAAAGAAUCCGACAAAAAGGAAAAGGAUGGUUCGAAAGGUGGCAAGAAGCAGCACAAAAUUCGUCGGAAACUGCUAAUGGGUGGACUUAUCCGACGAAAGAACCGUUCGAUGCCCGAUCUUACCGAGGGAGCCGGUGCGGCAGCCGACGAGCAGCCCAGCAACAUGAUCCCGCCGAUCAAGCAGAUGGUUUCCAUCGACGACAGCACGGUCGGGCUGAGUUUGGCCAAGGAGGCAGCUAACAGUGGCUACCUCUCCGAGGGACACUUCGAUUUUCAGGUGUCAAAUACGAAUCCGAACCUGGAACGCAGUAAACUCAUGCGCAAGAGCUUCCACGGAAGCGGAAAGACGCUGUCCAUUCCUAAAGUGCCACCACCUCCGCCGGUCCGUUUGGGUUCCUCCUUGACGGGUCCACACCAGCAGCAGCAGCAACAGCAGCAGCCUCCGGCGCAGCAAAUGCUGCAAGUACAAAAGCUUCCACUGAACGGUGCCAACCUUCGCCACCUGGAGUACCAGGAAAGUCACCCGCCAGCUUCGCCGUUGGAACCGUACCAUCGAGCUAACCUGUCCAAUAUCUCCACAAUGAGUUCGAACACUAGCAUGAGUGAAGACUCUUGCCAGACCAUCAUCACCACCUGCGCCGUGGUUCAUCAGGAGCAGUCCCCGCUGAAACCGCAAGAUCAAUACCCCCAGAACAACACAUCAUCAUCAGCUUCCGUCGAUGAAGUUGACUCGAUUGUCAAAUACAGCACUAACAGCAACCACAACAACAACUCCCAAACCAACGGACAACCAGCGGGCAGUCUGGAGCUGCCACCGUAUCCCAGCCCUCCGUCGACCACGUGCCAUUCGCGCCAGGCUAGCGAAGAUUUCCCGCCACCUCCACCGGCAAUCGAUUUUGAACCACUUAACGAGCAGCUAAGUGAAAUUCAAAGUCUUCAACAACACCAGGGAAAAGGUCCACAGAUGCAGCAGUUGCACCAUCAACCGCCGGUUCAGAACACAACCAGCAUUCUAGCGCAGUUGCAGGCCAAACAGCAGCAGCUGGCGAUGAUGAACAAACUACGAGAGCAACACCAGCAACAACAACAACAACAACAACAGCAAAAUAAUAACAACAACCCAAUUAGUGCUAGUGAAAUCCUCAAUGAAACUACUCGAUCGGAGAUUUGGUUGAAGGAACUUCAGGCCAAACAGGUUGCCCUCAAGCAACAGCAGCAACAACAGAAUCAGCAGGCUUCCCAGAUGCAACAGCAACAACAACAGCAUCAGCAGCAGCAGCAACAACAACAUCAAAUGAUGCCAUCAUCCGGUGCUAAUGACCAGCGAAGCGUUCGCGAUCUUGCCAGCCGUUUCGAACAAAUCAAACUGGCAGCACCAGUGCAACAACAACAACAACCACCACCACAGCAGCAGCAGCAGAAUCCACCUCCGCCUGUUUCGAUUCGACCCUACUCAAGCCAGGAGCUGCUUAAUGGCCCUGUUAAACAGCCAAUGCCACAACCGCAGCAGCCAGCCAACGUUCGCACCGGCAUGAGCGGUCUCCUGACCGAGCAGAAACCGAAAGCGUUCAACAGCACAGCUAGCAGCAGUCCUGUGGUUGUCGCUCAACAAGCAUCUUCAGCCGUCGACGAUUCGGCCGGUGUCGACGAAGUCGAUUGCGCGCUGGCUUACAAAAUGCUCCCCAAACCACGAUACGACAUUGCACAAGCACAGAUUCAGGAGGAAAUUCGCGAAGUGGAAAUGCUUAAUCAAGUGGUACAACAAACGCUGAACAGUACCGGCACCGGAGCACCAACGGCGCCAACGGCUCCAUUGACCGGAGCUAAACGAACCAAGAAGAAGAGCGUUAGUUUUUGCGAUCAGGUAAUUCUGGUUGCGACAGCCGAUCAAGACGAGGACGAUGAGUUUAUUCCUAAUCCGAUUCUGGAACGUGUUUUGCGUACCGCUGGUACGGGCGGUUCGGAUGGUGAAGAACCAUCCCGACAGGGACCAAUUUCAUCACCACAACCAGCAGCUACGACUCUUUCGACCAGUAUUACGUAUCAUCCAAUCAAAUCGCAAACCGGUAGCUCGAGUCAAUAUUCACUGGCUGCCGACAUGCACAAACAGAAUCUGGAAAUUCAACGACAGUUGCAACAGCAACAGCAACAGUACUUCCAGCCGCCAGCUCACAUUCCGCAGAAUGACAGCUAUCAACAGUAUUCAGCCAUUCCUAGCAACGCAGCCAUUUUCAAAAAUCAAGCAUUCCAGCAGCAGCCGCAGCCACAACAACAGCAGCAGCUGCAAGCACCGCCUACUAUGAGCACGAUGUACACCGACGUAGCUCCAGUGCAAAAAACGAUGAUUUAUCAGCCACCUCCAGCGCCGCAGCAGCAAUAUCUGCUCCAGCAAAAGCAGCGAUUGUACGACGACUCCAGCAGCGAGCACAGCUACGACAUGCGAUUGAGUGUUCCUCCUAACAACGCUCCUGCAGUGCCGAACGGUUACGUGCAAUCACCAUACAUGUCCGUCCCGUGUCCAAUCGAUCAGGGCUUCCAAACCGUUUCGGCAUCGCCGACUACGAUAACCACCAACACAACCGCAGUCACGAACGGCGGCAGUCCUAAUCCUGCACUUCCGCUAGGCAUUAGACAGAAUCUCACUUCACUGAUGCAGCUAUCCCACGGACAAAACGGAUCGGUUCUAAGACAACAGCAACAUUCCCCUCUCGUGAUGCCUCCACAACAACAGCAGCAGCAACAGCAACUGACGGCACCGGUUUCCAGUGUUUACCAGAAACCGCCAAUGCCUUUGGCCUAUCAGCAGCAGCAACAACAACAACAACAACAACAUCAGCAGCAGCAGCCUCAGUACAACCCUAAUCCUAACGCUUAUAACUCUUACAGCGCCCAACAACAGCCACACCAGCAAUCACCCUACCAAAGGGUACCGAUGCCCCACUAUCAACCUGAUUCCCCCUAUCACGAUCUUCCCUUGCCUCAGCAGCAGCAGCUGCAGCAACAGACUUACCUGCAACCUCCUCAGCCGCAGCAACAAACAAAACCCGCACAGAAAAAGGUUAGCUUUGAACCCGGCACCAAAGGUGGCACCGAUUGUCCGCCUUCUCCCCAACCCCAAUCCCAAGCCACGAUGUUUGUUGGUUCCGAUUCCUCCCAACAACUGCAACAACAGCAGCAGCAGCAGGUUGGUCUUCCCGUAACGCGAGUAGCGAUCGCCACCUACAAUAGCAACGCGAUCGUGAAAGCUUCCGCCAAGGCCGUGCAGUGCAACCUCUGCCGCAAGAAGCAUUGCAUCCUGCCGGCAUUGUACUGUUCGGAUUGCGAGUUCUACAUGAGCCGCUUUCAGGGUCCGGUUCGGAGGUGAUCUGCCCACCGGUCUCCCCUGCAAAUCAAGCUCUGCAAAAUUAGUGCAAAUUAGUUAGGUUAGGUUGGUUGACCUGCUGGAAAUAUGUGCCUUUCGACGACGCGUCGCUGUUUUUCCCACUGCUGCUGUGAGUACGAUAUGCCUUAUAUUGUAGGAGAGUUAGCGUUAGGUUUUAGGGAGUUUUGUUUUUUUGUAUUUAUGCGUAAUUUCGGUUUUAAACCAGAACGCAUUGCGUGCGAUCUUCGGCGCACGGUCGGUCUGCAGAGCGGACCAACCGUUCGCGCGUGCGGCGGAGGGGAACGCAAGCGAUUGAUUUCUUUUGAGAAGUUAAGUCAACCGCUUCGCGCACCCGACCCGAAUGAUGGCACCAAGUUCGAAUUCUAUAACUUAAGCCGUUUGCCGUUGCUUUCGUGGGGAGGUCCUGCCCUCCUGUUGAAUGUGAUAUUUUUAUUUCUAUCUUUCUAACGAAUGUGUAUAUUUAAAGCUGCCGGGGGCGUCAAAUGCUGUCAAUUUGUCUACUUUUUAACGAUUGUGCUAGGAAUCAGAAAAUACGUCCACUAGAUGUUUAUGGUUAGCUCUUAGCAGUUUAGAGAGUAAGUGUCGUAUCUUUUUCCAUCCUUCUUACAUUACGGUCUGUUAUGCGGAAUUAUUUUAUUUUUUUUACGAGAAUGCAUUUCAGUGAUUUUAACAUAAAGCUAGAUUUAAAAACGAUCAAGUGAACAAGCUCCAACUUCGUCGACAUUCCAACUGUAACAUUUGUUAGUUUAUGCUAAGUGCUAAGGAAACAUUUGUGCAGCAUUCCAAUUAAAUAAUAAGCAGACUUCUGAAAGAAGACAUGUAAUAUUAAAAAAUGGAUCGCAUACGUAAGUAUUACUCGAAAAACAUACAUCGAAACAGGUGAGAUUUAUUUCUAAUCUCCUCGUUUUAGUUUAAGCUAAAUUCUGCCCUUUCUAUCAUACGCAUAUUUUAUGUUAAUUUUAAUGUGCUUUUUCUACUGUAUGUUUAAUUUUCAAACUUUUAUAUGAUUUAUAACGUAUAUUUA